AUGCUCUACAUUAGACUUAUUUAUCUCGUACCAUCCAUCAUAUUAUACAUCGCCGUAGUUAUCGUCUUAUACAAGGAAAAGCAACGACUUUUUGGAUCCUUUUAUUCUUUACUUCUUAUACAAGCGAUCACGAACAUCAUUGUAUUCACUAAUAGCUUUUAUUAUGUACAGCUAGCAAAUGAAACCAAGGAUACCAGCUGGUGGCGCAGAAUUUACACGCGUGCUCCUGAAGCAGCUGUACGAAUAGUUCACAAGUUACUUUCAGUCCAAAUGCCUUGCAACUCAUUUGGCCUUCUCGCAGAUUUAUAUGACGUUCUUCAUCUCUCUCAACCGGAUGACUCUUAUUGUGUGGCCAAAUAUGCGUGCUGUGAGGAUGGCUCGCUCACAUAUGGAACUCGUAAGAUAUGCAGAGAAUUGAAAAAAUGGGUUGCCAUGAGUAACAAAUGGGAUGAAGCUGAGGAUCUAUCACUUUCAGGAAAGUUUUCGUAA